GUUAAACGCUUCAAAGCAAAGUCACCUCUCUCUCUCUCUCUCUCUCGCUCGUGAUUCGAAGAAGCGCACGAAGAAGAAACCAGACGACAACCAUGACGAAGUUUCUGGGGUCUCUUCUUCUCGUUGCCCCAUUGCUCUUCCUCUCUUCCUCUGCUUCUAUCCAAUCGAGAGUGACGGAUAACCCAGCAGAUGAAUUGGUUGAAGUGCUUAACAAAAACCGAACAGCCAACAAGGAACCAUCGCUAUACAACCACCCGGGUCUAGCCUGCCUUGCAUUGCAAUACAUAAAAGCCUACCAAGGAAAUUGUGAUGCGGUUGGAGGGUCCAACGCGAAAAAGCCCUCGGAUUCUUUAUUUGCUGAGACUUUUGCACCGAACUGCAGGGUCGAUGCCUCAACCCUUUCGCCAAUCACAGGUCGACUGCUCGGCUGCCAAACAAAGUACAUCCAACCAGCUGAAGCUUUCUCACAAAUUCUCAUGAGAAACCAAAGAGGGUUAGAAAUAUUAUACGACAAGAACCAUACCGAGCUUGGAGCUGCGGUUAGUGGAAGCGAUGGCGGGUCACCGUACUUCUGGUGUGUGCUCUUUAGUAAUGGCAAGAAAAACAGUAGCUUUGUCUUGCAAGAUGGAGUGGCUAAGGUAACGAGGCCCGGAUGCUUCAGCGGUGCUAACGAUGAGUGUAAUGGCUCUGACGAUCUCGUUCUUCGGGUUUCGUUCUUUUCGUACUUGGUUUCAGGAUUGGUUUUUGCUUGGUGUUUGGUCGGAAUCUGGCCUUGAAUGCUAUGGGUUUUUUUUUUCUUUUUGCAUAAAUGUUUUUUUGUGAUUUGUAUGAGUAUGCGAAACCUCCUCUCCUUGUUUGGAUGUUUGGAAGAUUUGUUUGUAUGAAUACAUUUAUGAAAAUAAUUGUUUUGUAGA